AUGGCUUACGAGCAAGUACGAGCAGCAGGGACCUGCGGUGCCUGUUCAAACUUGGUGGAGGACCCGGUGUACCUCAAGUGCGGCUAUCUGUGCUGCAGGCACUGCCUGGACACCCUGGAGAGGGAGCCUGGCGGGGACGGGUUCCUGUGUCCAGCCUGCCCUGUGGUCACCAAGCCGGAUGAGGUCCAGGUGGCUCGCAAGCUGAGAGCGCUGGUAGAAGCUUUCAAGCCGCUACAGCGCCGCCUGCAGACAGUUCUGCGAAUGGACCCCAGCCUGCGGGAUUUCCAAGUGAACAUGACCUUCGAUGUGGACACGGCCAACAAGUACCUGUUCAUUUCUGAGGACCUGAGGAGCGUGAGCUGUGUGUCUUCCCCUCAGACACGCAGGGAGUGUGCCGAGAGGUUCGACACCUUCAUGUGCGUGCUGGGCUCCCCACGCUUCACCUCCGGCCGCCAUUACUGGGAGGUGGACGUGGAGAGCUGCCAGGAGUGGGACGUGGGCAUCUGCUUGGACUCCGUGAAUCGGAAAGGGCCCGUGAGGCUGAGCUCAGAGUGCGGCUUCUGGACUGUGAGCCGGAGAGACCGUGAAGGAUUCACCUCCAGCACCGAACCCCCGACCUCGCUCAAAGUGCAUCAGCGCCCCCCGACCUCGGUCAACGUGCAGCCGUGCCCCCCGACCUCGCUCAACGUGCAGCCGUGCAUACAGCGGGUGAGCAUCUUCCUGCACAUGAAAGCUGGGUGUGUCUCCUUCCGCAACACCACAGACGGAGAACACAUCUUCACGUUCACCGAGCUCCCCACCCGCCGCACGCUGCGGCCCUUUUUUGCUCCUAGGAGAGCACCGGACGGCCAGCAGGGCCUCCUGAGCCUGCCUCCUGUGGCAGCUGGGGGCACUCGGCCCGCCCCAACCCCAGCCCCUCCAGCUCAGGACGAGUCAGCUUCUGUCCACAAGAGCCGCCGCCGCCACCGCCGCCGGAAAUGGAAAAAGUGA